AAGGGUGGAUGAGGAAAGACAAAAUAGUUUGAUUUUCUUACAAAGUUGGGGUUUUUCUCUCAAUUAUCAAUCAUUUAUAUACGGUAUGCUGUUCUUUUAUCUUAAGAGAUAAACAUUCAGCUAAGUUCUAUUCUUGUUCUAAUCCUACCUAGAUUUUUACUGUGUAUUUUGAGGAUGUAUUAUAUUAUAUAUAUAUAUUAUAGUGUGUCUAUGGACCCUUUAACUUAUUUUCUCUUUAACAGGUUUGCUCCAGUCCACAGUUGCAAAAUGCAGAAUCUAACUGAAUUUCCAGGCAAUGCAACUUCCCACAUAAACCUGUCUGUGAUCAUCAAGGCAGUUCCUGGACACCUCACGUUACAUCCUGUUUGUCUACAUGCUGAUCAAUGAUACCCUCCAGCUCUUGUCCUCUGUACUGCUCUUCCUCUUUGUCAUGGGCCAGGUGAAAUUUGCUAUUGUCUACUGUGUUCCUCUGCUGUUCAUUUCCACUGCCACUUUCCAGAACACACCCUUAAUCCUGGCCACCAUGUCACUGGAGCGUUAUGUUGCCAUCUUCUAUCCUCUGCAGCGGCCGGCCGCCUGGCGCUCAGACAGAAUCUGGAUCAUUAUUCUGUCCCUGUGGCUCAUCAGCUGUAUCUUCCCUAUCAUUGACUACUCCAUCUGGAAACGUGAUCCUUCUGUGGAUGUCCUCUCUACCCCUGUGCUUUGCAAAAGUAUUGUUGUCAACUCAUCUCCCAUCCAGACAUUGUUCAAAGCUGCUGUGAGUGUUCUCUUCUUUGCAGUAGUGGCUGUUAUCAUCCUCUUUACAUACGUGAGAAUCCUGCUGGAAACCAGAAAGCUGAGACAAGACAGAGUGUCUGUGAGCAAAGCCAUGCACACUGUGCUGCUACAUGGCUUUCAGCUGCUGCUGUGCAUGUUGGCUUUCACAAGCCCCAUCACAGAAACUCUCAUAGUGCUGCAUGCCAACUGGCUACCACAAGACGUCGCCUUUUUUAAUUACUUCUGUUUCAUGCUAAUUCCACGCUUUCUCAGCCCGCUCAUCUAUGGCUUUAGAGAUCAGACCCUCAGGGGCUACGUUGGGAAAACAUUCCUCUGCUGCUCAAACAAAGUCAAACCCCCCAACUUGUCUUAUUCUUGAAUUGGCUGGUUUAGUUUUGACAAAGCUUUCAAACGGCUCUCCUAAAAAAAAGCCUUUAGAAGGUAUUAAAAAGUCUUUAAUUAACAAAUAUUUUUUUCUUGAAUAAACCAGAUGCAAUUGUGUGGGUGAAUUUAAGGUAUCCUCCAUAAAGUCUGUCAUUCUCUCAAUAAGUAGCUCUGAUCAUGCAGGAUUUAUGAUUAACUAUGUGACUGAGUUGCAGGCAAUCUAAUGCCUUCUGUAAUACACUGUGAUUAGACUAUAUUACAGAUAAUUAAAAGCCUAAAAUCACAAAACAUAACGUGGCUGUUGCCUUUCAAGUCGUUCUUGCAGAUUUGUACACUGAUAUUUGAAUGCACAAAUCAGUGCACUGUUCCUUGGUGCAAAACUGUUGUUUGAAUGCAUAUAAUUGUAGUCACCAUGUUUGAUGCUGGUCAACAUUUGUCAAAACUGUGUUACAGGUCUCAUGUUUUUUUUCCUAAGGAUACUUAUUGUAUAGCAGUGACAAUAUAUAUAUCAGAAUAAUAAGAAAUACAGAGUGUAACCUUUGGGGGGCCCAAACAUGCAAAUUAUACCUGUGAAUAUGUGUCAUUUAUGUAUGUAUAAAAGGAAUAUCAUUUUU